AUGGAUAGGUUUCGAGUCGCCUGUACCAGUAAUGGUCGAUCAACUCUUUGUACACCUUCCUUCCUUCCAGGUCGUACAACCGGUGUAGUACUUGAUUCUGGAGACGGAGUAACGCAUGUUGUGCCUAUAUAUGAGGGUUUUGCAGUUGAUCACGCCAUCGGACGGAUGGAUGUUGCCGGACGUGAUGUCACCCGAUGGUUGCGAUUGUUAUUACGCAAAGAGGGUACCGAUCUUCACAGAACCAGCGAAUUUGAAAUUGUUCGUGAAAUCAAGGAAAAGGCGUGUUACCUGGCCACGAACGUCGUAAAAGAAGAAGCCAAUGAGGGCGAUAAGGUCGGUCAGCAGUCAUCUCCAACACUAUGGUUCAUGUUGCAGGGGUUCAUUUCGUUCCAAUCGAUUUUUUUCACCGUAACUACUAUGGGCGGUGCACCCUAUCGAUCAUUUUUCGCUUGA